CUGGCUCUGAGUCCGGUCUCGGGCUGGGAGACUAUAACAUCAGAGCAGCCGGCGGGGCAGGAGUGACGUCACGCAGGAGGAGGGCAGUGACGUCACGUACCCGCAGGUGACGUCAUACCGUGACGUCAGAUUGGAUCCAGAUCUGAUUAAAGAACCAAUCAGGAGAGAAGGCGGCGUGACGUCAUAUCUCAGUAACAGCCGUGACGUCAGCCCCCCACCCCCCCCAGUGACACACGUGGCAUCGCCCGGCUGCAGCCACAAUGGGAAUCCUCCUCCUCCUCAGCCUCCUAGUGGGAGCCCUGCCCCCAGGAGUACCUCUGGAAUCUCUGAGCACCCCAACCCCGGAGCUGUUUACUGAGAACCCCCUGGUUACUGGUGUUACGGACCGCUCUGCACAAAGAGUAAAGGCAGAGGUGGAGAACUGGGCCUGGAGUUCCAGCCAACCAGAAAGCACGAAUGCCAGUCCGGUACGAUCUGUGAAUGAAAGUGAAGGAGUAACAGAACAAAGCAUAUCGGUAGCCGAUACAUUGACUACAGGCAGUAUGGCAACGGAACCCGACAAUCCUGCAGUGAGUACCGGAGCUCCUGAGGAGGUUAUCACCGGGCUUGUGAAGACCACAUCCAAUCCCACUCAGACAUUCCCCAAUCAAAACAACAUGGAAAGGGAGGUAACCAGUUCUUUCAACUCCCAGCCCACAUCCACAGCGACACCGACCACCACUCCAACAGCCACCACCAGAGCCGAGGAGACAGCAGAGACCGUGAAAAGCCACACUGAGAUGCCUCUCACCACUCCCGAGCCACCAACAGAACAAUCACAGUCUAGCAGUGACACAUCCACAGUUAUCACGCAGGGUACAGUGACGACAGCCACACAAAUGGCCGCCAUCACCACGAACGUGUUCAUAACCUCCAGGGCAACCACAGCAAGUCCCACCAGUCCUGCCACCCAGGGCACCAGGGCUGCCCACACAACACGAUCAGAGGUUGAGGAGCAUCCGUCUGUACUGAAUGUGGGAGAUGAUGAUAGAGAUCUGCCAGGUUUCUACUCCAAAAGUAAUUCCAACCCGCUCUUUGUGAUGAUCGUGUCUGUAUUUACCAUAAUGGUCGUCAUGGUUGUUGUCAUUGUGGGGUUUCACCGUUACCGGCGGAGGAACAGCCGAACCGAAUUUAGAAGACUACAAGACCUCCCGAUGGAUGAUAUGAUGGAGGAUACACCGCUGUCUCUGUACAGUUACUAAGACGGAGGUUGGACGGGAGCAGGGAGCGUUAUUUUGCACAAGACUAAAAAAAGUUACAAACUAAAAAUACAAAACCCUUUUAUUGUGCCCCCAGAGACAACAUGCGGGAAGAGAGAGUUUUUUUUGGACGCUCCUCUCUCCCCGCCCUUGUCCCCACUGUGCCUUCGGUCUCUGCAGUUUGGACUGAGUUCUCGCAGAUGCCUUGCGAGAGGUUUCCUUGAAACUAAUUCUGCUGACACGACUGAGGCAAUUACAAUCCAUGGUGGGCCGUAAACGUACGACACCAGGCCUCCUAAUACAUAAAAGGUCCACUUAGCAACAGUGCCCCCUACAGUAAAUGUAUGUUGAUAGCAAUGCACCCCAUUAACCCUUUAGUUCUAGAGUGACAUUGUGUUCUUGUUUCACGUUUCCCAAAAGCAUUUUGCCAUUAACACUGUUGCUUUGAAGAGACACUGAAAUCCAAAGUAUCUGUGGGAGGAGGAGAACAUCACAUCACAUCACGUCAUAACCAACAGCACUGGCCAGAGGCCCCAGGCCAUUCCACGCCUCUGCAAGGAAUACAGAAAUCACAGAAAAUGAGCAAAUAUCGCAGGUUUAUCUGAAUAAUCAUCACAUUUUGUCUGGUACUGCAUUUAUACCAGAGAGUAAAACACAGCAGCCGGGUCGAGGCCGAAGCACCCAAGACUAGGACACGGACAUCUUUUCCCACUAAUACUCCAGUCAUGUUUUGGACACAAUGUAUGUUUCGUUCACAGAGCAGUGACUUGUCCUUUGAGCCUAUUUUUUGUGCACAGAAAAUACAUUAGGAAAUGGUGCUGCCAUUAACCCUUCCACGGCGAAGUACAAUAGUAAUCUGUCAGUCCUUCAGCCAGGAAAGGGUUAAUGGUAAUGCACGGUGUUACUAGGUCUUAGUGAUGUGAAGAGUGUGUUGUGUUAGGUUUAGAAUUGCUAGUCUAUAUAGUGCAGAUCUUUAAGAGAUGUUAUUGGUUUUGGCUAUUUUAGCCGUGGGCAUGUCACCAGUUACGUAUCGUCCACUUUAACCCACUAACACAGCACCGUCUAGGGAUAACCUACCUCUGAUACUGCAGCCUCUAUGGAC